UUGGGUGUAUGUAGCAUGCCUCGCAGUCUGCUGAGCGAGGGUUCAUACUCGUCGCUGGACCCAGUCUACAAAGGCACCACCGUGCCUAACAUUAAGGAUGGUAGAAUAAAGAAAGUCUUAAAGAUGUCUAAGGCCAAGAAGAGAUUAAAUUUUAAUGAGAUAUUAUUCAGUCAGCUUCAUAAUAAUGAAGAAGCGGAAGUGAAUAUCCUCACGAAGGAAGAAAUCAACGAGGAGAAAAUGCCCACAACCAAUGCUGAAGAAGCCGCUCUGCUCGGGGUGGCGCCGAUGGACAGCAUGGACGACAUCGAAUUGAAGAACAUCCAGCUCCAGUUCCCAUCCGCUCGCUGCUUCGGGGAAGCGGGCUGCACCGAAGUCCGCGUCCGCACCGACCGCGGGGACAUCCUCGUGGCCGUGCAGGGCGACCGCAACAAGCCCGCCAUCUUCACCUACCACGACCUUGGCCUAAACUACAUCUGCUUCCAGCCGUUCUUCAAUUUUGUGGACAUGCGCGCCUUGCUGGAGAACUUCUGCGUGUACCACAUCAACGCGCCAGGGCAGGAGGAGGGCGCGCAGAGCUUGCCGGAAGACUACAUCUACCCGACUAUGGAUGAGCUGGCCAAUCAGCUCAACUACGUGCUGGGCCACUUCGGCAUCAAGUCGUUCAUCGGGUUCGGCGUUGGCGCAGGCGCCAACAUCUUAGCGCGCUUCGCUCUGGCCUACCCGCAGAAGGUGGACGCGCUGGCUCUGAUCAACUGCACGUCAAACCAGUCGGGCUGGAUCGAGUGGGCCUAUCAGAAGAUGAACACGCGCUCGCUGCGCGCCCGCGGCAUGACGCAGAACGUGCUGGACUAUCUCAUGUGGCACCACUUCGGCAAGUUCCCCGAGGAGCGGAACCACGACCUGACGCAGAUGUACCGCAUGCACUUCAACCGCAACGUGAACCCGACCAACCUGUCGCUGUUCAUCGACUCUUACCUACGUCGCACCGACCUCGGCAUAUCGCGCGACGCUGAAACCAUUAAGGCGCCCGUGCUGAACAUCACUGGAGCCCUGUCGCCUCAUGUAGAGGACACGGUCACGUUUAAUGGCCGGCUAUACCCUAACAACUCCACCUGGAUGAAGAUAUCCGACUGCGGCAUGGUUCUCGAGGAGCAGCCGGGCAAGAUCUCCGAGGCUUUCCGUCUGUUCCUGCAGGGCGAGGGCUACGUGGCGCCGCUCUCGCCGACCAAGAUCGUGCUGUUCCGCCGCCUGUCGGACGCCGGGCGCCGCCGCCCCUGCCGCCACUCGCCCGUCAUCCGCAUCACCGAGAACCCCAUCUCGGAGGCCAUCGUUUGCUAAACACCUAACUAUGCUACGCUGGUGCGAUUGUCUAUUAUCAAUACCAUAAUUUACUAAGAUAGGCCGGACUUUGGAGUUAUGAAAUUAUGGUAUUAGGUAUCUUAUUGGCCGAAUGACCGAGUCAGUAAAUUUUGUUUGUGUACGUUCGUUUUAAUUUCUUUCGAUAAAUCUGCUGGAUGCACGUGGUGGGUUGACAUGUUAGCUGACUAUGCAAUGAUGGCACGCUUUGCUCGACAGUUAUUUAUAAUAGUUUUUUCGGCUAAUCGCACCGGCGUGGUGUUUGUCUAAACAUGACCUAAGCGCAUACACCCAACUCUAUUAGCCCAAUCGAAAUUGGCAACGUGUAAAUAAAGAAAAAGACCAAGUACAAAUAGAUACCUACGAUGGACUUAUCACACAGAAGCUACGCUGUUUUAGGCAUCCAUUUUGCUGCCAUAUGCAGUUUAACUGUAGUUGAAUAACAACCCCAAAUGUCGAAACAUAUAAUUAGAAUGAUUAUGAUCACUUAUUACAUUACAUCAAAGGAUUUGUAUUAAUCACGGCAUUAUGUAAUCGUAUCAGUAUUAUGUAAUGAUUUAUUAAAAAUUUGAUAUUGUGUCGUGAGCAACUUAUAAUUAUCAGAUACCAAAAUAAUAACUAUGCACAAUGUUACAAUUAUAAAACCCGUCACCGCUAAAAUAUUAAGAUCUAGCUUUAGAAGUUGUACCAAACAAACAUAGAAUAAUAACUGAUAAUGGUAUUUUUUUUGCAAUGAACGCUAGUAUCCCAAAUGGCGUGUAGUUAGUUAGUUAAAAUACUCGUGUAUUAUAUCCUCCCCUAGUCUAAAAUAUUGAUAAAGUUUGAGUUUGCCGCAAUAUUCGUAACAUUGGUCCUUAAAAGGUUAAUAAAAAAUUGUAUAUUUACAUAUAUUCCAUGUUGAGUGUAUGUGCUUUGGAAAAGGGGCGUAUUUUUGCGGAAUUCGUUUCCUACCGCUUAAUAUUUAUUUUUAAUACAAAAAAGCUUUAAAACUUAAGUUACGGCAUGAAUGUGAUUAUGAGCGUUGCUCCUUGAUGAUUAUUUAUAUUUUAUUGGUAAAUACUAAACGUAAAUUAUUUGGCUUAGUAUAUAAGUACAUGUGUACGUAAUUUAUUCGAAAACCGGUGACCGCGAAGGGUAAAGUUUGUAAGGUAGCAUCAAUAACAUUGUUAACAUAAAAGUUUACGACGGAACCAAAGAAUCGUGUAAGUGUACAUAUCUUGUGAGGACAGUGGAAUGUAAAUAAAAUAUUCUGCGGGACAAUGGUAAAAGAGCUCCGCGAGCCACCGGUUACGUACCCUUUUGUUCGAGGCGCACUUAUCUCGUACCUUUUUAAAUAUGUUUUAUUACUUACUAGUAUAAACUAUACAUAAGUAUAUUAGGUACUACAUCUAUGACGUAGUGUUCGGGUAGGAAGUCACUUUACACUAUACUUGUAAAUGUUUUGUGCCGCUCGAAUCGAAUAUUUAGUUUGAUCACAUAACGGCGAGAGGGACAACCCAUUGGCGUUUUCUCAUGUGUGUAAUUGUAAUAUUCACUUUUAAAUUAAUACCGGUUGUUCCUUUCGCUGUAACGUCGUUAGAGUGAGAGGAACGUCGGCGGUUCGCUAGAGCCUCGCUGGGUGCUAAGUUAAGACCAAGAUAGAUUUUCGAGAAUGAUUAUUUAACGUAAAAGGGUUUUGGAAGAUUGUUUCGCCUAUGUAUAACGCCUAGAUAUAUAUUUAAAUCAAGUUUCAAAUAUAUUUUGUACUCGUUUUAUUUCAUAUUAAUCGAAGUGUUGUGAUCAAAUCGUCUAAGAAAUCUUUUUCCUUGUUUUAGUUUAAGUUGAUCAGUAUUAAUUGUGAGUAAGAUAUUUUUAGUUGUCUGGAUUAUUGAAAUCACACUUCUUUUAAUAAGUAUAGUGUUUAAAUAUAGAGGAGAUUGCUUGUUCCAUUACAAUUGAUAUCAUUAUGUUAAGUAUUUAAGUGUGUUGUUGUCCGGCGUAGAAUCUCCGCUACGCUUGAGCCAGGGGAGCGCUUAACUAACUUAACACUAAAUGUUCGAACAGAUUUGCUAUUUUAGGAUUUUAUUUUAUUUUAUUUUUAUAUACUGGGAUUGUGUCUACUCAAUUGGUAUAUUAUACAAUGUUUUAAGUUAGUUAAUCGCCAGUGUCGUGCGGCAUUACGGGUGGGCGUUUCUCUUCGUAGUUAGGUUAGAUUUUGAUCUGUAGCUGGAUCUGUCUAGGACCUGUUCGGGCCGCAGUGCCGCUGCGCGCUGCCCGGUACAAACGUGCCAAAGGAAAGUUUACCGAAUUGCGAAAUUCUCCACACUUUUGUUUGGUAACUUUCUGCGCACCUAUACCAACAGGCCACGCGCGUCGCCACUCCGAGCCUGCUCCACUAUGUGCUUUGUAGAGGUACAAUGGAUAAUAAAAGAGUUUUAUGAUUUCUAGAUUUUUAAAUAAGCAGAUAUACCUUUUAAAGAAAUCAGUCUAUCGUGAGGUUAUACAUAUUGAUAUUGGUACCACGAAGUGGAAUAGACUCCAAAAAGAAAAUUCGCCCUCAGCUUGUAAAGCUUUGACAAUAAUUUAAUAUGAUACUCUUUUUUUUUCAGUUGGUUAUCAUUGAAAUCAUGACAAUAAAACAAGUUUUUGACGCUUAAAAUCCCACAAUUAUGGAAUUGAUUACCUGUUGAAAUAUUAAUUGUUACCUAGCUAUAUGUCCACCGCCAAUACGUGUGUCACAUACAUAUUACUGUUACCAAACCACCUUCGCUUUGUUUACAGGUUAAAAGGUAAGUAGUUGGCACAGUCAAAGAGCGGGUAGUACCUACGUAGGUACACGUACCUACACCUUUUUGAAUCCUUUAAAUAAAUAGUUCUGAUACUCAUUGUUAGGUAACUAAAAGGCGAAUUAACUGUUUGGAGCUCAUACAAUUGUAUGCUGUUUUUAUUAGGAUUCCUUUUUAAACCACACUUGCUCUUAACGAAAUGUCAACAACUGAGUUUAUAAAUUGUGUGAAUUUAUGAUGGUUCUAAUAAAAAGUGAUUUUACAAGGAGA